UAAAUUAAAUUCAACGCUUGCCAAACUUUAAAAAGCUUCUCUCCCCAAACCUACCAUAGAUUUUCCCUUCUAUCAGAAGAAAAUCUCUGCUACCUUUUUUCCUUCUGCAAUCUAAUUUUUCUCGACAAUGGAAAGCCUAAGUUUCUAUGUUGGAGUGAUAGGCAACAUCAUCUCAGUUCUUCUCUUUCUUUCUCCAUUAGGAACAUUUUUGCGGAUUGUGAAGCAUCGAUCAACUGAGGAGUUUGAGAGCUUUCCAUACAUUUGCACACUGCUAAGCUCAUCUUUAUGGACUUACUAUGGAAUCACAAAGCCUGGGAGUUACCUUGUUGCCACUGUUAAUAGUUUUGGAGUCGUAGUUGAAGUCAUCUAUGUAUCAUUGUUCUUACUAUAUGCGCCUCCAAGGAUGAAGGCUAAGACUGCAACACUAGCUGGGAUUUUGAAUGUGGGAUUCCCAGUUGCAGCAAUUCUAGUGACUUAUUUGGGGAUGCAAGGAGAUCUGAGGAUUGAUGUGAUUGGUUUCAUGUGUGCUGGCCUAAAUAUAGUCAUGUAUGCUUCACCUCUUGCUGCCAUGAAAACAGUGGUGAUGAGCAAAAGCGUGGAGUACAUGCCAUUCUUUCUCUCAUUUUUCUCCUUCUUCAACGGAGGCAUUUGGACUUUCUAUUCUGUCCUUGUACAAGACUGGUUCCUUGGAGUACCAAAUGCAAUUGGAUCUCUUCUCGGAGCAACUCAGCUGGUGCUAUACGCGAUUUACAGUAGAUCUAAUCCAUCCAAAAGUGUAUCUGAUAAUGAUGAUGAUCAUCUGGAGGAUCAGGAUGCAUGGCUACAUGAGCACCUCCUCCCCUCUUCUAGUCCAUUGCAUGACAAGAAUGAAGAAUAGAAACCUAACUCAUAGUAGAAAGUACAACUAUAUCAUAUAUGCCUUUUCAUUUAUUUUUCAUUUCCAUUGUGUGUAUAUAGUGAUAUGAGAAAGGGGGAGAGAUUAUUAAUUAGAAAUAGAUGAAGAGAUUAUGAC